AAUUUAGAAAAUGUUUAUUGUUCAAAAUUAGUAUAUUUGUAUUCUACCAAGAGAAACAAAUCCUCAACACAAAACUCUUAGGAUAACAAUUAUAAUGCAUUUUUGGCUCUAAAUUUGUUUUGCAAAUUUUUUCUUUUGUUCCUUCUUUUUAAUUAGAACUACCUGUAUAUAAAAAGUUGCAUGAAAAAAAACCUUUUCUGCUAUAUUGGGAAUUUUUUCUUUGAUGCAGUUGCCUAGGCAAUUUUACAGUUAUUUAUGUAGCUUUUGGGAAUUGGAACUGGUAGGUUUUUAAGGACCUUUUGCUUGACAUGGAGAUAAAUCUCUUGUUUUUGCCUCCUCUGAUUUAACACUACAACUAUACUUAUCAUCAUCCUUCCGCCCUUCGUUGUUACUGCUUGUCCUGGGACAUCCCCCGGAAGGAAAAAGAAAACUGAAAAGUAGCCAAUGACUGUGGGUGUGGGCAUCGAUUCCUUCUAUGAGCCAAGUCAGAUUAAAGGCAGGGCAGGAGCACACAAAACACAAGUCGCCCUUUCUUGCUGACAUCUGGAAGCUCUUUUGAUAUAUUCUGGGCUCCACCAGUGAGAAAAUACAAAGUCAUUCACACACUAGGAAGUGAUUCACAGCCUGUAGAGACAGGUGAUGAAGAUCAUACAGAGGAAGAUUCUAGAAUGUCUAGAUCCAGUCCCAUCACUUCUGAUAAGCCAAGGACAAGAUAGAAUUCAUCUACUCUUGGAACUUCCCUUUUCUCAUCUCUAUAAACUCAAAUUUGGAAUUUCCUUGUAGGUUUUCUCUUUAUCAAGAAGGUUUCAUGGCUUGGUAUUUCCCAACUCUAAGCCAGUACUCCAUUUUAAAUUCUUACUCUUUCACCAAGGAAGAUUCUUAGAGCCCUGAAGUCUGAGCCAACCUGACCUUGGCUACAGAAUGCUUACAGGAGGGAUGUUUGAAAGAACUUUUAAACAAUAGUUCAGAAGCCCAGUUUUCAGUCAUUUCAAUGGCAGAUUUUAGAGGGACUCCUGUUCCAUCUCACAACUCCAACGGGCACAAAAAGUCAGCAAAGUCUUGGCUCUGAGAAUAAUAGCCAGUCCUACCACAGAAGGAGGGUUUUGGGGUUUUGAGAAAGAUGAGAAGUCAGAUGAGAGAAGGUAAGACAAAGGGAAAGGAAGAUGAUUGUCCGAGGGAAGGAGGCAAAGCUAUAUCCUUCACUGGCAGUCCUUCAGUGAUGUCUCAAGAAACACAUUCAGAAUGUCACUUGGCUGUGCAUGCCCUAAAUAUUCUACACAGUGCAGUGUAAUCUAAUUUAUUCAAAAAUUAGGCUCUAAAGAGACUGAACUGGAUUCCAGUCCUAGUUCAACCAGUUUUUAACUGUGUAAACUUGGACACAUUACUUGAUCACUCUGAACCUCAAUUUUCCCUAGCUGUAAAAUGGAAAUACUAGUUGUACCUCCCUUGCACUAGCAUGAAGAUGCAAUGAAACAAUAUGUGAGAAGCAUGUGACACAUGGACAUUGCUUAAAACAAAGGAGUUGCAACCUCACAGACUUUGGUGUAGUUCAGAAAAUGAGGAACGUUGACUGGGUGAAGAGUACAAACUCGGGAGAAGCAUGCUUGGACAAGGCCAUCAUUAUCAUCCACAUCACUAAAGAAGAACCUGUCCAUUCCCUGCAGGCUGACCUGGCACCAUAAGCAGGCAGAAUGUAUUGUUGAAUUUUGGAAGAUCACCCAUCAUUGAAGCACAGAUGCAACUGGUGUCUUAUUUCUCAGCUAGCAAGGCUGGAAGGAAAGGGAAGAACGAGGAAGUUUCUUUGUUUUGUGAUGAAAACAGUAACAAAAUAAACCUGGCAUACAUAAUUUUCAAAGUUUGUCAAAAGUAAAAGAGCCACUAAAAAUUGUACACAGGUUAUACUGAGUUUGCUUGCAUUCUUACGUAGCAUGUCAAUCUUUCAUUCCAUAUCCUUUAUCUUCUCUUUCCUUCUAUGCUACAUAAAAGUACUCAGAAAAUCAUUAUGAUAGAAAGGACCUUAUCAAUAUUACCUAGCUCAGAGUUUCAUGUUUCUUGUUAACGUCUAUGCUAGAUAUGUCAAGUUUUGAAGAACUUUCUUCUUGACUGAUACAUCUGUCACAGGGUGUCACAAGUUAAGAGCAGAACCUUGAAGGAUAGUUCUUCUAAACUAGUACUGGCGAACCUUCAAUGAUACAAACAGCCUGCUGCAGCACACGUGCCAUAGGUUUGCCAUCCCUGUCCUACACUAUGAUAAGGACAUUCACUGUCUAAAGGAAGAUGAUAGGGCUCUUCCACUUCUGUGCAGGUUGCCAUGUUUGGAAGUCAAAAAGACUCAGAAAUCAGAGAGAAAUCUUGUCUUAUGUAUAUCACCAGAAAAUCAUAUUAAAAUGGAUGAAGUAACAAUUGACACAAAGCCAGCCACAGUGUCAUUAAUCUUGGACUUUUCAUUCUCAACUAGGUUAUAGAGGCAGAGGUUGUCUAUGAUUUUCUUGUAGAAAAAGUAAAACAUAAGGAUUAAAAGAAAUUAAAAUGACACAAAACACCCAAAAUUAAAAGGGUGUGGUUUCCAAUUGCCUUUCUUUUAUACAAAGUGAAAAGCAGGCCACAAUGGGUAGGAGCAGCAUUCCAUUUUUAACUUUGAUGCCACCAGUCUUUUCUUUCCUUUUCAAACCUAAUUGGCCCAUGGCAAUGUUUUCCUGACUUAUUUUUUAUAGUGGGGUAAAAACAACCAUGCUGAUUCAGAUAUUGCAAAAUAAUUGAGAAUAUUUUGACAAUUUCAGCAAAACUAUUUGACAUUUAAAGGUCACAUGACAUAGCUUGAUGCAUAGUUACAGUAAAUUAACCUCUCUGCCCUUCUUCUCCAUUCUGUAUACACAAAUAAUAGAUUUCCUGGCUGACUGAAGAGAAACUUUAAAGCUAUUUGUACAUCAUUUCUUUUCCAUGAUUUGAAAUCUUGGGACACUUACAUCUGCAAAAUGCAUAUGGCCCUUUAUCUGGAACAAGUCAUGUGAGUCAUAAAUGAGUAAACAUAUACCAAACCUAACAUAUUCUCAGUAUUCCCCACGCUUGGGAGAAUUGGGUCCUCUACUUAGCUUGUGGCUCUCUGAAAGAAUGUGACUCAUACUGUAGUAGUUAUUUGCCACCUUUCUCUGAAGAACUCUAUAUUAUUUAUAUGUCAUCAUCCUAGCUAAUACUCACCGGUGCCAGAAUGUCCCUGUUUUUAAUUUGUGACCUCAUAUUCAACACUCAUGUCCACAUAAACUUGAUGAUUCCAUCUACAUAACUCUUGACAUUCUGUCCUUCCCUAAAUUUAAUUCUCAUAAUAAUUAUUUUACUUGAUUAAUUACCAAAUUUUCCCAUGUCCUAUUGACUUUGAUAAUAAGGACUCAAUUUGCUUUGCUGUAUUCCAUGUACUUGGCACCUACCAAACUAUGGUCCCCGAGUAAGUAUUCAAUCAACCUGCUUUAACUUAACUGAUUAGAAAUACAAUGCUCUGAAUCAUCCAAAAUAAAGGAAGAAUGAGUGAAUGCUGGAUCAAAAUAGCCACUGUCAUGAAGAGCACUGAGAAAACAUUCAGCUCCUGAAUAAGCAUAUAUCCCAAAUAUUCAGAGCAAGAAGAUAGAAAAUAAAACAUAGCCAGGCAUGGUGCUGCACACUUGUAAUCCCAGCACUCAAGAGGCUGAGGCAGGAGGACUGCUGCAAGUUCAAGGCCAGCCUGGGCUACAUAGAUUUCAUUUCAGGUGGAUCAAGGAGUGAACACUGUGAUACUGUUCCCAAUUUAAUAAGCAAAGGCUGUUCGGUGGAGUCCAUAGAAUACCCAUCUGUACGUGUCAUAAUACCAAGUGAAGAUGAAAUUAAUACUCAGGUGACACCAGGGGAAGUGUCCAUCCAACUGCGUCCAGGAUCUGAAGCUAAUUUUAUGAUGAAAAUUCAUCCUCUGAAGAAAUAUCCUGUGGAUCUUUAUUAUCUUGUUGAUGUAUCAGCAUCAAUGCACAAUAACAUAGAAAAAUUAAAUUCUGUUGGAAAUGAUUUAUCUAGAAAAAUGGCAUUUUUCUCCCAUGACUUCCGCCUUGGAUUUGGCUCAUACGUUGAUAAAACCGUUUCACCAUACAUUAGCAUCCACCCAGAGAGGAUUCAUAAUCAGUGCAGUGACUACAAUUUAGACUGUAUGCCUCCCCAUGGGUACAUCCAUGUGCUGUCUCUGACAGAAAACAUCACUGAGUUUGAAAAAGCAGUUCACAGACAAAAAAUCUCUGGGAACAUAGACACCCCUGAAGGAGGAUUUGACGCCAUGCUUCAGGCGGCUGUCUGUGAGAGUCACAUUGGAUGGAGAAAAGAAGCUAAAAGAUUGCUGCUGGUGAUGACAGAUCAGACAUCUCAUCUUGCUCUUGAUAGCAAGUUGGCAGGGAUAGUGGUGCCGAAUGAUGGAAACUGCCAUCUGAAAAACAAUGUCUACGUCAAAUCAACAACCAUGGAACAUCCCUCACUAGGUCAACUUUCAGAAAAACUAAUAGACAACAACAUUAAUGUCAUUUUUGCAGUUCAAGGAAAACAGUUCCAUUGGUAUAAGGACCUUCUACCCCUUUUGCCUGGCACCAUUGCUGGUGAAAUAGAAUCAACAGCUGCAAACCUCAACAAUCUAGUAGUCGAAGCUUAUAAGAAGCUUAUUUCAGAAGUGAAAGUUCAAGUGGAAAACCAGGUACAAGGUGUCUAUUUUAACAUAACUGCCAUCUGCCCAGAUGGGGCCAGAAAGCCAGGCCUGGAUGGGUGUGGAAACGUGACAAGCAAUGAUGAAGUUCUUUUCAAUGUGACAGUUACAAUGAAAAACUGUGAUGUCACAGGAGGGAAAAGCUAUGCAAUAAUCAAACCGAUUGGUUUCAAUGAAACCACUAAAAUUCAUAUACACAGAAGCUGCAGCUGUCAGUGUGAAGAGCACAGAAGACCGAAGGGGAAGUGUGUAGAUGAAACUGUUCUGGAUUCCAAGUGCUUGCAGUGUGAUGAGAGAAACUGUCAUUUUGAUGAAGAUGGAUUUCUGUCUGAAAGUUGCAAGUCACAAAAGGACCAACCUGUUUGCAGUGGUCGAGGAGUUUGUAUUUGUGGGAAGUGCUUAUGUCACAAAACUAAGUUUGGAAAAGUUUAUGGAAAAUAUUGUGAAAAGGAUGAUUUUUCUUGUCCGUAUCACCAUGGAAAUCUGUGUGCUGGGCACGGAGAGUGUGAAGCUGGCAAGUGCCAGUGCUUCAGUGGAUGGAAUGGGGAUCGGUGCCAGUGCCCAUCAGCAUCAGCUCAGCACUGUGUCAAUUCGAAGGGCCAGGUGUGCAGCGGAAGAGGCACGUGUGUGUGUGGCAGGUGUGAGUGCACCGAUCCCAGGAGCAUCGGCCGCUUCUGUGAACACUGCCCCACCUGCCACACAGCCUGCAGUGAAAACUGGAAUUGUAUGCAAUGUCUUCACCCUCACAAUCUGUCUCAAGCUGUACUUGCUCAAUGUAAAACCUCAUGUGCUCUCAUGGAUCAGCAUUAUGUGGACCAAACAUCAGAAUGUUUAUCCAGCCCAAGCUACUUAAGAAUAUUUUUCAUCAUAUUCAUAGUUACUUUCUUGAUUGGGUUGCUUAAAGUCCUUAUCAUUAGGCAAGUGAUACUGCAGUGGAAUAGUAAUAAAAUUAAGUCCUCAUCAGAUUACAGAGUUUCCACCUCAAAAAAGGAUACGUUGAUUCUGCAGAGCGUUUGCACACGAGCAGUCACCUAUCGACGUGAGAAGCCCGAAGAAAUAAAAAUGGAUAUCAACAAAUUAAAUGCUCAUGAGACUUUCAGGAUAAGUUUAUAUAUGUCACAGAUGACUGGAUUAAAUAAGUGCUGAGGUACUACUGUCAUAAAAAGCCUGUAAUAUAAUGUCACUUUAUUAGAAUAAGUGGUUUUAAAAACUGAAUGUUAAGAAAGAACACUGUAAAGUAUCAUCUAAACCUGAAUAGAUUCAGUAUCUAAAGAUGUAGUAUCUUCUUACCUGGUAAACUGGAUGGAUUAUUUCACCAUUUCAUUAGUCUAAUAUGUAAAUUGAAAUUUACAAGACCAUGAGAAACUGCCUCAAGCUAAGUCCCACAACUUGUGAAUGAAUUUCCUAAGAUUUUACCCCAAGUAGAUAUCAACAUUUUCCAAAUGAAAAGGUAUAUAUUUUUGACCCUUCAAUGAAACCUAAAUAUAUUCUUUCCGUGAAUUCACCCCAACUUGACCCAUCAGAUUUCAUAAAAGUGUCAAACUGGAGGAGGAAAGGUGAUGUCUUAAAAAUAAGCUAGUUCUCCCUUAGAGAACUGAAGCUUAGUAAGUUUAAAUGAUUUCUCAAAGAAACAUCCAAGUGAUGAAGUGGCAGCAUUAGGUUAAGAAUUUAUGUCUUCUAAUUGCAAGCCAGUGCUCAUUGCACAAUAGCAUGCUACCUCUUGAAUCUUUACAAUACUCAAUUGGCAAAAUUUUUAAAUGUGAUUUACUGAUGUUUUAAGUAUAUAGGUAUGAUAAAAUGUCAAAGCAAGGUAGAGAAGACCAAUACAAACUGAAUUGUCCAUAAUUGACUUCCAAUCUUUCCUCUAAUCAGCAUCAUGGCAUGACACAGGGGAAUCUCUUCACACUGCAACCUAUGAACAGCACCCCCUGGAGUUGUGCUGUGCUCAAUUCCAGACUUUGCUAAGGAGACCUGUGAGCCCUAACUUCUCCAAAGGAAACUUCUUCACAUGCCAUACCCCUACAGACCUAUUCAGUCUGAGUUUAUUGGCUAGCAGUACAACUGUCCAGUGUGAAAUACAAUUUUAUCUAAGACAGCAAAUAAAAUUAUUUCAAAUGUCUUCUUAUAAAUAACUUCCCAAAUUUGCUGUCUUCCACCAUUUGAGUGAAAGUUCUAGAUGAAAACUAAUCUCCAUCCUGUAUUCUGGCCUAGAGAGAACUGAAAAAGAAAUGUAAGUUGUUCUGAACCAAACAAGCACAACAGCUCCAUUAACUGUCCUCAAUAGCUAGUAGUUAUGAUGCUAAAUUGAACAUAAUUUCCUUCCCCAAACAAGAGAUUGGGAACAUUGACUUAAUUCUGUACUGUGACUCACCUAUGUAAGAAACUUUGGUUACUAACGAUGAUGUAAAAAUUGUAUUUUGUAGCCUAAUGUAUAUAAGCAUCCUUUUAUAAAUACAUAAAUACAUGGAUGCCUGAAAACCCACCAAAAUAAAAAAGUAAAAGAUAUCUAUUACCUAAAAUGCUGACACUUUAAAACUUAACAUUACAGUGUUUGUGAACAAUAAAUUAAUUAUUGUAAGGAAUGAGAAAAUCAGCAUAAUAAAAUGAAAUCCUAAAAAAUUAAAGAUUUAUAUAUUUUAUACCCUCACUUGUUUGCACUAACUUUAAAAUGGACCAAGGCUGUUAUCAUAGGAUGGAACAAACUUCCUUGUAGGCAAUUCAGUGCUACAUGAUGAUUGUAGUUAUCUUGGGAUUGUAGUUAUUGGGAUGUCUUGUGCUUUCUUUUUUGUUUGUUUUUUUACUUAAAAAGCUAAUUCUUUAAAGAUUUUAGGGCUUAUAUAUUACUUGAAUAAUUGAUGUUUUUCUGUGUAAUGGUUUGUGAAAAGAUAAUUAAUAUUUGACUAGUUAUACUUAAUUAAAAGAUAAGGGGAAACAGGGUAUUCUUAGAUUAAAUAAUUUAUGUAAAUAGAGCCUAUUUUCAGCUACUAUGACCACAACAGCCUUUUGAGAUUCAUGGAUAUUAAAUACAAUUAAUGAAACUUUAGCCUGCUAACAAAAUUAAGAACUCGAAAAACACUUUGGUACAGUAUCAUGUUUAUUCCCUAAAAUCUGUUAAUGACUAACAAGAAAUGUACCACACAUACACUACAACAUAACUGUAUGCAACUGAUUUCUCUGGGACACCUUUACACUGUUGUACACAUAUGUUUAUACAUAUCUGAUAUAUUUUUUUGAAAUUUGGUAGUAUUUAUUAAGCCAUAGACAUUCUUUAGAAAACCUAAAAAUUUGCUAAAAUUCUGAUUAUGUCCAAGAUGUUCAAUUUAACUUUGGUUUAUAAAUAUAACAAAAAAUCUAGGUGUUUCUGGAGGCAAAUUUUUCAGAACUCAAAAAAAUUAAAAUUAAUGGAUACAUCAGAACAAUAUCUCACCAAAGAAUAAAUCCCAAAUAUUUACAGUACUUGUUUCAUUUCCACUGAAGAUAUUUUAUGUAUAAGAACAGACAUCCAUGAAACACUGAAAUAGUUUAUGUUAGACUUUGAAAAUUUUUCUCCACGGAAUUUUACUCCUCCUGGUACCUGUAGACUAGAUUAGACUCACAGGCUUUUCCUUCCUUUCCUGACUCAUAUUUUUCCACUUACAUUUCCCAAGAGAUUUCCCUAAAACUGUAAGCACAAUAAGCCUAAUUGUGAAAAAUAACAGAAUGUAAUGGUAUAAAUAAGAUCUUCAUUUCCACAUAUCUCUUACUGAUUUUAAUAUUCAUUUGAUUCUAUGCUUUUAGACAAAGACAGACCCAUUAAAUACUAAGAAUUUAAAAUUUUUACAACUCUUUGAGCUUUGUUCCAUUUUUAAAGAUUCAUGAUAUAUAUCUUGCCAUAAAUCUAGCAAGUGAACUUCAGUUACUUGGGUGUUCAAUUAUGUGCAUAUUGUAUUCUUUUAUUUACUCUUAAUAUUCAAGUUAUGACUGUAUUGAUCUAAAUUGACCUUACAGUCUCCACUUAAUGCAAUGCAAACCUUUUCAAAGGAAUAUAGAAUUUCCUUCUUUCAGAUCAUUUCCCUUUUAUAAUUCCUCUAUAUCAAAUUUAUUAUGUGUAACUGAUUAUAUGUAUCCAUACGUGUCUCACUGAUUUUAAGACACACACUUUUUCAAUUUAACAACUAUGAAACUGUGAUGUCUCCUGAAAUUGUUGACAUCUUAGGUGCAGUGUUUAAAAUAGUUUUGAAUAAAUAUUGCACUAAUUCAACUUUAACUAAAUGUUCCUGAGUAUUGGAAUAUUCUUUUCUUAUAAAUGUUUGUGAAUUAAUUUAUCAUAACAUGGGAUGCCAAUUUUCAGUACAACUGAAUUACGUACAACUCAGUAAUGAGCCCAAUUUUCCUAUUAUCAGCUCAGAUCCUGUGUACGUUUAAGUUAUAAAAGCUCAAAUUCCCAAAGGACUCCUGUUUAUAUUUUAUGGUAUGAAUGAUGAUUUCAGCAAACCUCAUUUAACAGACAAGAAUGUGUGGGUUUCUCCAACUUUUCUUAACAAAUUUUUAUUCUUUCUAAUCCUAAGGAAUUUUUAUAUAAUCAUCUCACAUUUAAACAAAAUUAACUGGAAAAUGUCCCAUGAAACCAUCAUAAUUACAUGUUACAGCAUUUAAAAAAAAAAAAAAAAAAGAUGUUAGGGGAGGGGAUUUAGCUCAGUGGCACUGUGCCUGUCUCAUAAGCACAAGGUCCUGAGUUCGAUCCCAGUACCAGAAAAAAAAAAGAUAUUGCAGCAUCUUAUAUCUCUUGUUUCAAUGGCAGGAGCAAAAUAUGAUACAACAAAUCAGUCUUGUGGAAAAUAACUUUCCUCUCCAGUUUUCCUACUUUGUUUUUUUCUUCAUUCUUUCUGUUCUUUUGGUGAUUUUCUUUCAAAUCCAUAUAAUGACAGCUGUAAAAUUGCAUAUUUAAAUUAUUUUCAUUACAUGAAAUGAUGGUUCAGCUCUCUGGGCAGCUUUUAAUGAAAUACCUGAAAGUAAUAACACUACUCUUAAUCUACCUGAAAUGAUUUUCUGCAUAAAAUUUAUCUUCGUAAGCUAACUAUAUUGAGAAGUUUCUAGCCUCUACAACCAACUUCAAUUGUCUAAUACAACAGUAUAAAAAUAUUGUAAUAAUUGAGAAUUGAAAAUGUGAUUUAUAUAAAGACUUUAUCAGCUUUACACUAUCCAACAGACAAAUGUGAUUUUGAUAAGAUUUCUACUUAAUGAUGAGUAUGGUACCAAGAUUUUAUGAAAAAUAUUGAGUAUAGAAUAUUUUUAAUUCUAAAUUAUAAGAAAAUACAAAUUUGCACAUAUUAAUAUAGAAAUUCAUUUGUGUAUAUUUAACAUACUUUAAAAUUACUUUACAUGUAUCUGCUACUUUACUAAGAUUUUUAAACCUUUGCAAAAAUUACAAAUGUUUUUAAAUUAUCAGUAACAUAAUCUUACUAUUUUUCACAUAACAUAUACUGCCUUUGUAAAAAAAUUAAUAUAGAAUGUAUUUUUAAAUUAAAAUAUUUGAAUAUGAAAUAGCUCGGAAAAAAAAGGAAAUUCUUCCUGAACAUGUUUCAUAUUAUUUCUGGCUUUGGAUUAUACAUAUAGUUAAAUUGCCUUAAAUGAUACAAAAGAUUCCAAAUAUGAUAAUUUCACAUAAUAUACUAUGAACCUGCUCACACAAUUCUUGAUUGACUACUAACUUCUGUCUUAUGUAUUUAUUAAAGAGCUGACACUGUAGAUUGUUGUAAGAUGUUUAUUUUUCUAACAGAGCUUAUAACCAUUAUGACAAGGCAUUUAAUUAAUGCACCAUUCUGUUCAAAAGUAGUUGUUAAUCAAUAUGAAAUUUUGUGUUUUAAAAUAAAAUGUAAAGAUCUAAGAAUA